AUGGAAAUAACAGUGCAGCAUUAUUAAGACAAUGUUGAAAACGGUGUGUGGUUUCAUUCAAACAAAAAACCAGAGAGAUGAGGGCUUUGAAGCACGCCAUUGAGACCAUCUACGAGGAAGAACACUCCUUCUCUUCUUCUCCACCGUCCAUCUCCUCUUCUCCUCCUUCACUCCACUCCAUCGUCAAUGCUUGGUCUCUCCAUUCCUCCUCUGAACCCAACGUCUUGAUAAUUGUUCAAGGAACCUGCUUUCGUUUGCACCAGGAUCGUAUGAUAUCACAAAGUUCAUACCUGAAACAGCACCUGAUGGGAGUUUCUAAUGUAACAAUCUCCCCGCCGUUAAACAUAACGGCCGAGACUUUCGCCACGGUGGCUGGUUUCUGUUACACCCAUAAAGUCCACUUAACGCCGAGCAACAUUGCUGCGAUGAGAGUGGCGGCGGAGUUGCUGGGUAUGACGGAAGGAGAUAAUCUAUGGGAGGUGACAGAAUCGUACUUUGAGAGAGUUGUUGGCGUUGAUGCAUCGAUGGUUAUUCGUUCGUGCGUGACUAUGCUUCCCGAAUCCGAAACGACAGCGUCGCUUGUCAGCAGGUGCAUUGAAGCUAUGAUUUGGAACGGCGACGUUUCGUUUUUGGACAACGUCGUUGAGAUGCACGCUCAAGAUUUUCGAAUGGUGGCGUCUUACUUGAACAAACGGCUGCCCAACCACGGCUUAUACAAGAUUAUUGAUCACUAUCUUAAGGUACGCCACGUGUCAUUAUAUCAUGCAAUAGAUGGACCCCUUUUAAUAUUUCUGAGAACUGUGACUUCUGAUUUUUUUAGAUGAAUAUAACUUUGACUGUGUACAUGUUUUAAUAUAUAAUUUAUUAGUAAAAUUAAUUCAGGAUGAAUAACAUUUACUGAUAGGCUAAUUUUUUAAAAAUGAAAAAUAUGAGAUACUAAAUUU